AUGAACAUUCAAUCGAGCAUAUCUUUCUGCUCAACAGCGAGUGCUUUAGCUUCAUCAUUCAAAAUUGACAAUGCUGUCCCAGAUGCACUGUUUUCAUGCCUGGAUUCAAAAGGUUAUGGAUUCACAACCUUAUUUCAAUGGGUGCAUCGAAAACUUCGGCAGAAUAGUAUUGAUCCUGUCAAGGAUUUCACACUCGUAAAUCCUUGUACUUGCCUUACAGUGCAGCCAAUAUUUGACAAUCAAUACUCCCAGACAAAGCCAAGCUUCAGCUCCAUAAAUCAACCCAGUUUCAUAAAGCCACACCAUCAGGAAAGUCAAACAUCUUAUUCUGGAUUGGUUGACAGCAGAGAAGAGAAGUCCCAAGAAGAAACACCAGCAGUCAUCUCUGAGUUCUUUGAAGGUUUUCUGACAAUUGGAACUCUUGGCACAGAAACAGUCACCAAUGAGCCAGGAACUCCAACUUUUGCUAUGCCUUUGGAAAACAUAACUAUGAGAAAUGAAGAGGUGACAGACAAUGAACUGCAGCUGAUAAGUUAUGAGCUUGAGAAAUUUCUUGAGGCUGAAAAAGAAGAAAGUUUCUACGAAUCAUCAGGACGAAACAGCUAUGUUAGCAUUAUCACACUUAGUGGAAAGCAAGUAGAUGGAACCGAUGCUGAGGAUUAUGGAAACAAAGCUUUAUGUCCACUACAAGGAUAUUUGAUGGGGUCCUCGUUUGAACUACCAGAAACAAAACAAAUAAGGAAAGAGAGAACAUCACUUGCUGAGCUAUUUCAUAGGACAAAGACAGCUAGUCAAGACUGCAUAGAGACAGGAGUAAGAGGAGAGGCACAAGUCAAGCAAACACCUAAGUCUGCCAUGCAUAUUAUGAAAAAUAUAUUGAAAAGGGUCAACGGUUCUUCAAAAUGCUGUAACACUUCCAUGAAUGAUGCUGAUUCUGCUUUGACCAAUAAAAAACGCCAUAAGGUUCUACGUAUGUUUCACAGGAAAGUCUAUCCUGAAAGCCCCACAAAUGCAAAAGAGUUUGCUAAAUCCCACAAAGGUAAGAGCAAAAAUGUUCCUCAUGAAUACAUCCAUGAAUAUGAUAAUUGGUCCCAACACUGUAAGACCAACUGGAACCCACUGCAACAUGGGCUAAUAUGCAGUAGCUCAAUUGGAAACAAUGAGCACUGGAUCAAAACAGAUGCAGAGUAUUUGGUGCUGGAGCUGUAG